AGGAUUCACUUGAAUAGAAGGAAAUUAAGAACUUGGCAAGAUGAACUCUGCUGAAGAAGCUGUCAGUGCUGUGUCAAGACUUGCCCAGGAAAAUGCCGAGCUUCGAGAGCAGUUGAGGGAACUCUCCGAAAAGACUGCGCUCGAGAUAGAGGAACUGAAAACGGCUCUCGGCAAGGCCCAGCGUGACCUUGAAAUCCCCUGCCCAAGAUGCGAGGAAUCUGAGGUAAAAUUACGAUCCCAGGCCACGAAUGCAGGCCUCCAAAAAGGGGAGACUGGCAAGGAACUGCAGGUACUGAUUGCGAUUUGUGAAUGUCUGUUUGGGAGUGGCCGAGGAGCAGAUGGGGAGCUGCCAUCGACGUCCAAGAGUCAAUCCCAAGAUGGCGAAGGACAACUUCCCAGGAGACGCCGGCCGGAGGACGGAAGUGCUUCGGAGACGGACGAGUACGCGUUGCAUGAUGCAGCAGUGAGCGGAGACACGGAGAGGAUCAGGGCGCUGCUGGACGGAGGAUGGAACACGAGGGCGAGGGAUUAUGACGGAAGGACGCCCCUUCACCUGGCUCUGUUGUUUGGGGAGGAGGCCGCGGCGGAGCUACUGGUGGAUGCGGACUGCAUCGCGGAUGUUGUGGAUGACUACAGGGGCACCCCUCUGCAUUACGCCGCACAGAGGGGGUUCGUGAAUGUGGUCCGUAUGCUGCUCGCGGGGGGAGCAGACGCAAGUGCGAAAGACGAAGAGGAUUGGACGCCCCUCCAUCACGCCAUGUACCAGGGGGAGGAGGCCGCGGCGGAAUUGCUGCUGGAGACCGCCCCGGAAUGCGACGGGCCGGACCGUUGGGGCGGCACCUCCCUGCACUACGCUGCGAGAUGGGGUGUCGCUCAUGUAGCGAGAGCCUUGGUGUCGAGGGGGGCGCGUCUGCAGGCUGAAGAUGAAGAUGACCACUGUCCCCUGUCCUAUGCCCUGAUGCGUGGAUACGACUGUGUGGCGAGGGUGCUCCUUUCGACCUACGCGUGGAGGGACAUCGAGAUACAUUGGGAGCAGAUGGGGCUCUCGAAGGAUGAAGAGGAGCGCGGCGUCCGGCUGCUCUCCGAAUGCGAGGCCGAGAUGAGGGAGGCCCGGGUGCAGGGGUCCCACCUCUCCCUCCGCGACCUCGCCCGCCGACCCCCCUCCCGUCUGGCCCGGCGCCUUUCCGACGAGGCGAUCCGAAGGCUCUCGGACCGGGACCUCCUGGCGCGGGACUUCCCGCUCUUCGGCGACCUCCUCCUCGUCCGGCUGGGGGAGGUCCGGGAGAGGAGGGCCCUGGAGGACCGCUUCCUGCGCUGCUUCCCCCUGCUCUGCCGGCCGCUGCCCACCCCCUGCACCGACGUUCUCCUCGCGUGCCUGGCGGACGACGACGACCUGAGGCACUUCGCCCGGGCGGCGGAGCUGUAUCACGAUUCCGCUGUCCAUCCUAAGAACCCUGUGUUUGCUGUUUCAGGGGAGUGGCCGUGGAGCAGACGGGGAGCUGCCAUCAACGUCCAAGCGUCAAUCCCAAGAUGGCGAAGGACAACCUCCCUGUCCAGACUUCAUUCAGAUAAGAUUCCACGUGAACAGGAGCGGGAAAGUGAUCGAGAACCCUUCCGCUUUCAGUUCGAACAGAACGUGAAUCUCUCUCUCUCUCUCUCUUCCAGGAGACGCCGGCCGGAGGACGGAGGUGCGUCGGAGACGGACAAGUGCGGGCGGACCGCGUUGCAUCGUGCAGCAAUAGACGGAGACACGGAGAGGAUCAGGGAGCUGCUGGAAGGAGGAUGGAACACGAGGGCGAGGGAUAUGUUUGGAAUGACGCCCCUCCACCUGGCUCUGGUGUGGGACAAGGAGGCCGCGGCGGAGCUGCUCGUGGAGGCCGACUGCGUCACGGAUGUCGCGGAUGACGACGGGAGCACCCCUCUGCAUCGCGCUGCCCAGAGUGGGUGCGUGAAUGUCAUCCGUAUGCUGCUCGCGGGGAGAGCGGAUGCAAGUGCGAAAGACAGAAGGGAAAGCACGCCCCUCCAUCUUGCCGUGAUCAGGGGGCAGGAGGCCGCGGCGGAGGCGCUGCUGGAGGCCGCCCCCGAAUGCGACGGGCCGGACAGUGUUGACCGCACCCCCCUGCAUUAUGCUGCGAGCAAAGGUCUCCCGCGGAUAGUUCAAUCUUUGCUGUCGAGGGGUGCGCGUUUGAAGCUUAAAGAUGGAGGUGGACACUGUCCCCUGGACUUAGCCCUAGCGGAAGGGCACGACGAUGUGGCGAGAGUGCUCCUGGCGGCUUACGCCUGGAGUUCCAUCGAGAUACAUUGGGAGGAGAUGGAACUCCCGAAGGAUAAGGAGGAGCGCGGCGUCCGGCUGCUCUCCGAGUGCGAGGCCGAGAUGAGGGAGGCCCGGGUGGAAGGGUCCCGCCUCUCCCUCCGCGACAUCGCCCGCCGACCCCCCUCCCGCCUGGCCCGGCGCCUCUCCGACGAGGCGAUCCGGCGGCUCUCGGACCGGGACCUCCUGGCGCGGGCCUUCCCGCUCUUCGGCGACCUCCUCCUCGUCCGGCUGAGGGAGGUCCGGGAGAGGAGGGCCCUGGAGGACCGCUUCCUGCGCUGCUUCCCCCUCCUCUGCCCGCCCCUGCCCCCCACCUGCACCGACGUCCUCCUCGCGUGCCUGGCGGACGACGACCUGAGGCACUUCGCCCGAGCGGCGGAGCUCUAGUCCCCGGCGAAAAAGAAAAUAAAGAUCAGGACUUGAACUGUAUGAAUCUUUUGUUUUUGAAUGUGCCCGAGAUAGUUGACUGAACUUUAUCUGCUGUUUUCGUAAACAAACCCGUUUGUUUUGUCAAGAAUUAUUCUGAGACACCUUUCAAAUGGCUUUGUCUAUCUUGUGCAAAAUGCUUUGUGUGUAUCAAUCACGUAAUAAAAGGAAUAUUCAAGCCAUUGAUAAAAUCUCUUUUCCUGUACCCUAUUGGCACGAAAGAAAUAGAGUGAGCCGAAAAUAUUGACCCUGCUAAAAAACUGAGAAUGACGUUCACAUGGCUCGAUGCGUCAUCGGGGAAUAUUUCGAUAAUUGGGAAUCUGACUCGGCCGUCUCAUUUUUGGGGUAAAUAUUUUUAUUUUUGUAACAUACCUCUGGCACUGGAGCCAAAAAAUGGACGCCAAUGCAGAAAGAUCGUCAGAUCCCCAAGUGUUGAAAUCUUCCCCGGAAUAUGCUUCUGCGUGCAAUUCACCAAAAAAAUGGAAAAUCGCAUUUUUUGGACUUACGUCGGUCUUGCUCUGAGGUAAAGAUUUAAA